AUGACCUUCGAUACUGAGAAUGAGGUGCGAGAGUACUAUAUAAAAUAUGCUAAAGCAAAAGGCUUUGGUGUGACGAGAAGAAUCUCACAUAGUGAUGAUAAUGGACAAGUAAAGUACCUUACACUUUGUUGCUCUCGGUAUGGUAAGACUCAAUCGAACUCAAGAAAUAUGUUGAAGCCAAACCCAACAGCCGGGAUAGGAUGUGAAGCUAAAAUUUAUGUUACACGUGGUCCUGAUGGGAAGCUUCAUCUUUCAAAGGCGAUUUUGGAUCACAAUCAUGCAUUGAGUCCACAUAAAUCUCGGUUAUUUAGAUGCAAUAAGAAGUUAAAUUUCCAUGUCAAGCGCAGGCUUGAGCUGAAUGACCGCGCCGGAAUAAGAGUAAACAAGAAUUUUAAUUCUUUUGUUGUGGCAGCAGAUGGUCAUGAGAACCUAACUUUUGGUGAGAAAACUUGUCGCAAUUUUCUAGAGAUAACAAGAAGGUUAAAACUUGGUAGUGGUGAUGCUGAAGCGGUUCGUGACUAUUUUAUCAAAAUGCAAUCCGACAAUCCAAACUUUUUUAGUGUCAUGGAUGUUGAUGAUGAAUCCCGACUUCGGAAUGCUUUUUGGGCUGAUGCAAGAAGCAGAGCAGUGUAUGAAUCUUUUCAUGAUGUCAUUACUUUUGACACAACAUACUUGGUGAACAAAUAUGAUAUGCCUUUUGCUUGUUUUGUCGGAGUGAAUCAUCAUGGCCAAUCAGUGUUGCUAGGGUGUGCUUUAUUAUCAAAUGAAGAUACUCCAACAUUUGUCUGGUUAUUCAACGAGGAAGAGUUCGAAGUUAAGUGUUCAUGUCGUCGCUUCGAGUUCAGGGGUAUACUCUGUAGGCAUGUAUUAUGUGUGCUCACUCACAUGAAAAUCAAGGAGGUUCCUCCACAAUACAUUGUUGAUCGGUGGAAAAAGAAUGUGAAAAGAAAGCAUAAUUUUAUCAGAUGCACAUAUGGUGGCAUGGAAGACACGCCUGUUGCAAAACGUUUUGAUAGAUUGUGCAAUUCUUUCUACCCAGUUGCUGAGCUAGGCGGCAUGUCAGAUAAUUCAUGCAAUUCUUUGAUUGAAAAACUUCACACCCUCAAAGUUGAGUACUCUAGCAGCUCAAAUUCUGAAAAUGAUAAGGAACAGGCUCACUCCAUGAAUUUAAACAAGAAAAGGUCCAAUAAUAAAAGGAAACAAUCAGACGCUAAUAUUCUAGAACAAGAUCUUAUGGAACAUGCGGGAUCAUUUGACUUUGGCAUAGCGACUGGCAACAUAAAUCCAACCCCAGCAGCUGCAAUACCAUAUGAAGGUUCAUCAUCAAUGGUUAUGCCUCCAAUUCUAGGAGAAUAUACAAGUAUGAUGUUUCAGGUUCAGCAAGCAUCGACUGUACUGUCCAGUCCUGCAGAAUUACGCUUCAAUGGAAUUGGAGGGCUCAACAAUACGACGGAUCAGAUUUAG